CUGUAUUCCCGAACAGUAUAACCUGCUUAGAAAAAAUAAGUUAACUAUACUUAAAACUGUGAAACAGUUCAUUCAACUUAAAACUUUCAAGUUUGUUCAACGAUUUGGGCAUUUUAACUUCCAGGAACAUAAAUAAAAUAAGUAAAACAUGACGUCAUCUUAUUACCAUAGACUUAUUUUUGCCUCUUGGUAUUGAGCUUUAUUGCCUUCCAAUCUGCCAAUUCAACAAAGAAGAGUCUCUACACUCAAAAACAUUUAAAAGCCUUUUAAAUAGAUAAAUAUCAAUAGUAAAAUUGUAUCAAAUUGAAUUUAAUGAUCCUUAUAUAUUUUAAUUGAAUAAUUGAUUAGGGAUUGUUCAGUUAUUCAAUUAAAAUAUGUAUGGGUUAUUUAAUUCAAUUUGAUGGAAUUUUACUAUUAAUUGAAAAGCAUAAAUCUAAAUUGUAGUGUACUCCGUGCACUUUAUUUGCUAUUUCUAAAACAUAAUAGGUAAAACUCUCCAAAACAGACUAGUCAACAUGGCCAUCAUGAUAUGUCCGUUUAUUUCAUGACUGUAAAAAUAACAACGAAAUAAAACGAAUUACCAAAGCCUCAUUUUUGCCUCUUGGUAGCAGUAAUGAGCUUUAUCGCGUUCCAAUCUGCCAACGCAAAGGAAGAGUCUACUCGGUGCACUUUAUUUGCAUGUUUUUAAAAACAUAACAUACCAGGUAAAACUAUACAAAACGCAACAAAGAGUCAACAUAUCAUUCCAUGUCCGUUUAUUUCAUGUUUUACUCAAAUUACUGUAAAAAAUAACAACGGAGUAAAAAUAAUUCCCAUUUGAAAUUGAGCGCUCGGAUUUGAACUUGGAAGCCCGCCAUGUCAUGCAGGAGUCGUUGCCUCAACGUGGUUCUGUGGAAUCAGAAUCGUUCAUCAUCGUCAUCGUUUCUGUGUUUGCUGCGGUUUGUUUAGCGGCUAUAAUCUGGUUAAAACUUGUGAAACCAGAGCAUACAUGUGAGUAAAAUUACAAUUUGGAAUUUGGGGGCGAAAAUACAUAUGUAAAGACUAAAAGUAUGCAGCAUUUUAAAACCAAUAACAACUGAUUUUAGAGGUUGGCAUAGCUCAGGGUUUGCUUAUGUCUUGUCAUUGUCAUGAUUUUUCAUGAUGGAUUGGAAAUGCAGGUUAUGUGAUUCCUUCUCACUUACCCGAGCACAGUUACUUGGGCAUUAUGGUUUGCAACAUAGCCAUUUUUCAAAGGUUAGCCCUUUACCGUGUCUCUAUGACUCCUGCAUUUGCACAUUUGUUUCAUUCAAUGCACUAAAAAUUCAUGUAUCACGAUUUCACAAUGAGAAGGAUAAGAGGCAUGCAUGUCAAGAAAUCCAGGUGGUGUACACAUGUCCUUUAUGUGGGUUCAAGCAACCUUUUUCAGAAAAGAAUCUCUUUGGUCAUUUAAGAGGGCAUUUGAGAAGUCAUGAAAUGGUAACAUGUCCAUAUAAAAACUGUAGGUAUACGACAAAUGUUUACUCCUCAUUUAAUUCUCACAAAACCAGGGCCCAUGGAGUAGAUGUUAGUUCAGCUUGCUUGGACCUUUUUGAAGAUGUAGUUGCUGAAGAUGAUGGCUGUUCUGCAGCUGCGGAGCCUCCAUUUGAGGAUCCUACUCAGUCUGAGAAUGCAGACAUUUUGGAUAUUGUUGAUAUACAGUGUGACACAAGCCAAUUAAAAGCGCAACUACAACGCAAUUUAGCCUCUCUGUUUUUGAAGAUGCAGGCUAUACUUCAUGUGUCAGAUAUAGCUGCACAGGAAAUAGUAGAACAUUUGUGUCAGCUGUUUUCUUUGUCAAGGCCGCUGCUGAGAGAAGCAGUCAAUGACGUAUUACAGAGACAUUGCUAUACUGUGAGUGAAGCUGCUCUUGAUGAAAUUGUUAGUGUUGUUAUAGACAGUAAUGUUUUUGUCAGUGCAACUGCUAAAGGAGCAGAAUUGUCCUCAAAUAAGCGACGAAAAACCUUUAUUGAGAGAAAUUACCCAAUGGUUAUGCCGUUUCAGUAUGUUGUAGCACCUGGGCGCACAGCUGUUUAUGUCCCUAUACUGCCUAUGAUUCAGUUGUUGUUUAAACAUACUGAUGUACUUGACAGAAUUAAAGAAUCACAUUCUUCACAAUCUGGUCAAUACACAAAUCAUCGAGAUGGUUUGUAUUUUCAAGAAAAUGAGCUGUUAUCAGCAUCAGAGGAGUUUAAAUUGCCAUUGCUGAUUUACAUAGAUGAGAUAGAAGUUGCAAAUCCAUUAGGUACUUCGAGGAAAAUACACAAACUCUGUUCAGUGUACUGGGUACUUGCUGAUCUACCUAGCAAAUACCGAUCAGCUUUGCAUGUGAUACAGCUAGCUUUGCUGUGUAAAGUUCCUGAUGUCCAGAAAUGUGGCUAUGAGAGUGUGCUUGGCCCUUUAAUGCAAGACUUACGUACAUUAGAACAAGAUGGUGUGUUCAUUGAAUCUCUUGGUCAAUCUGUUAAAGGCACUGUUCUUUUUGUUGCAGCAGAUAAUCUUGCAGCUCACGGAUUGGCAGGCUUUGUACAGUCAUUCCGUUCAGAGUAUGUGUGCAGAUUCUGUCUGGCAACUCUAGACCAGUUUCAAUCGCAUGAAGUUGCUGAGGGUGAAUUCAGUCUGAGAACUAAGGUAACUCAUGAUCUGCAUGUCCAGAAUGUCUCCAGUAGAAAUGGGGAAAGUAAUUGUGGUGUGAAAGGGGACUGUGUCUUAAAACAAAAGCUGCAGUAUUUUCAUCCAAUCACUGGUUUCCCCCCUGAUAUUCUCCAUGACCUCCUUGAAGGUAUUGUGCCAGUAGAGUUGGCUUUAUGCAUUCAAAAAAUGAUUCGUCUGAAACACUUCACACUUGAUUAUUUGAACAGUAAAAUUGAAUCAUUCCCAUAUCAGCAUACAGAUAAGGUUGAUAGACCCAAGCCAAUUUCCAAAACUUAUACCACAAAAAUGACAAUAGGUGGUAAUGGUCAUGAAAAUGCUGCAUUACUUCGGCUACUUCCAUUCAUGGUUGGCAGUGUUGUACCAGAGGGAGAUAGUGCAUGGGCAGUGUUAAUGGAAUUGAAAGACAUUGUGGAGUUAGUGCUGUCUCCAACAUUUACUGAAGAGAUGAUUCAGUAUUUACAGAGUAAAAUUAGGGACCACAGGCAAAUUCUUCUUGAAGUAUUUCCAGAUUUUAAGAUUAGGCCAAAGCAUCACUACGUCGAACAUUAUCCAGAGCUGAUCAGAUGUUUUGGACCUCUUGUACAUUUAUGGACCAUGCGUUUUGAAGGCAAACACCGCUUCUUCAAACGGGUUGUGCACGAUACACAGAACUUUAAAAAUGUGCUGAAGACACUGGCAAGCAGACACCAGCAUAUGAUGGCUUACCAUCUAAGUGCGCCAGCGUUCUUCAAACCACAUUUGCAGGCAUCAACUGUGACAUCUGUUUUAGUUUCAACACUACCUGAAGUGGCAAUACAGUAUAUUAAACAGAAGACUGAUAGUAACACUAUAUACUGUGCAUCUCAAAUCACCAUUGAUGGGACAAAUAUUUCUACUGGGGAAUAUUUUCCUGCUGGUUUUGAAGCAGGGUUACCUCAGUUUUGUAAAACUGAGUCAAUCGUCCUUGUGAACGAUCAUGUGGCCUUCCUAUGCAGGGAGCACAAGUCCCAUUAUAUUGAACACCUAAGAGCCUUUAAUCUGUGUUUAGGUGAUAUAUCUGUUAAAAAAAUAACAGAUUUGAGUGAUACAUCCCCCCUUUCUGCCUACUGUAUAGAGGGCAAGUUGCUGUUGACGCCAAAGCGAUUUCUACCUUUACAAUAA